GGCAGGCAUGGCAGGAAUGUGGCAGGAAUUCUAAAAGAAUUGCCCAGAGUACAAAUCGGUACAAAUCACUGCAAUUGCCUGUCUGAGGCUGAGUGUUGCUUCUAAUGUGUAUUCUAAAGAGUGUAAAGGCUAAAGAAUUUGUAGAAAAGAAAAGUUUAAAGUAAAUAAUAUAUAAAGGUGCUUACAGUAAACUUUCAGUGAUAAUUUACUCUAAUUUUCUACCAUGUUUUUUUCACAACUUAAUUUCUAUUUGGGUGCCACUAUUGUAGCUUUCUCGUAAUGCCUUAAAAAUACCAUACGCAUUACAUCUUCUUUUAAAAUGUAUUCUAAUAAACGCUUGGUUGCAACCUGUGCGUUAAUUUUUUGCUGUAACAUAGCACUGCUCGCAGUAUUUGUGAAGUAUAACAUAGGUGAAAAAUGUUACGUUACAAUCAAUGAAAAGCAAGAAGUUACAUCAAUAUUACCAGAAGACUUUCUGAGCAUUGGCAUUGAUGCAUCCGAAAUCCAAAAUCAUGAUAAAGUAGACUUUAUGAAGAGUAAACUUCGAGAGUUGGCCGCUGCUUUGGCUCCCGCUAGGUUGCGACUCGGAGGCACCAUGUCAGACCGAUUAAUAUUCAGCAAGGACGACAUUCCCUCUUUAUCGUGUAAAAAGUGUCCAGCGACACCAGAAACUGAAGAUGUUUGUGUGGCUGUUCAAGAAUUAUGCAGGCAAAAAUUCCUACCUUUCUUUAUUAUGACUGGAAACAAAUGGACAAAAAUAAAUGAAUUCUGUAAGGCAACCAACUUAAAACUAUUGUUCCCUUUGAAUGUUCUCAUCCGUAACAAUGAAGAGUGGAAUGACCAAAAUGCCAUUGAACUUUUAGAAUAUUCUAAAUACAAAAAUUUUAGUAUUGAUUGGCAACUUGGCAAUGAGCCUAAUUCUUUCCCCCAUGUUUUCAAUAUCAGCAUCAGCCCUCGCACACUAUCUCAUGACUACAAAAAGCUUCGGAAACUUCUUAACCAUCAUGGAUACAAGAAAUCUUGGCUGGUUGGCCCUGAUACUACAAGACCACAGGAAAAUAGGCCAAACUGUCUUAAUUAUAUGGUAGAGUUCUUGGGCAAUGUUUCUCAUCAUAUCAAUAUAAGAUCCUGGCACCAGUAUUAUCUAAACAGCAGAACUGCCAAGUUAGAAGAUUUUUGGAACCCAGAUACUUUUGACUUGCUCAAGGAACAAAUCGAAACAAUGCAAAAUCACACCAAGAAAUACCGCCACAUUCCCAUGUGGCUGACUGAAACUAGUAGUUCCUAUGGUGGUGGUGCUCCGGGGCUGUCAAACUCUUAUGCAGGCUCACCACUCUGGAUAGACAAAUUGGGUUUAUCAGCAAAGUACAAUAUUACAACUGUGAUACGACAAAGUUUUAUCGGAGGUAACUAUAGUAUGAUUGAUGAUCAGUUGGAGCCGUUACCGGAUUGGUGGGUCAGUGUACUUUUCAAGAGAUUGGUGGGCAACAAAGUCUUACAUCUCAGUUGUAAAUGUUCACCGUUUCAAAGGAUUUAUGCUCAUUGUGCCAAUAGAAAGUAUACAAAUGAUACAACAGCUAUAACAAUUUAUGCUAUAAAUUUGCAGUUUGAGAAAGCGAAGUUUCUUCUUAAUGGGACAGCAUUUCAUGGUGACAACUUAAAUAUUGACGAAUAUAUAAUAAGUGCACCAUCUAAUAAUAGAAGAACGAAAACUGUGCUACUAAAUGGGUGGCCACUCUAUUAUGACUCGUCAUACCCAGACUUACAACCUCAUCGCAUGAAGUAUGGCAACCAUAUAUCUAUGCCACCAUACUCUAUUGGAUUUUGGGUCGUGAAAAAUACAUCCAUUAAAAUUUGUAAGUAAAUGUCGCACACUUGAAGACAGGUAUGGUUAUUUUUAUUGUAAGUAUCUACUUAUCUUUACUACAAUUUUUAUAUAUUUUACGUCAUUUCUGUAAUUGCAUUCCAGUGAUACAAUGAUGCCUUUUUAACAUGUACUAAGUAAUAUUGGUAAUGAUUCUGAGUGCAUCUAAAUUUUGGGGUAUUUGCAUCUUAUUCUUACCAAUGUAAUAAGAAAAACAAAAAAAACCUAUCUUGGUUUAGACCUCUCAAACCUCGUAACUUACGGUGCCACAGAACACACUAAAAUUUAGCCUUUUUAAAAUUCAUGUUUCAUCCUUUUUUAGCACUAUCAAUAAGAAAAAGAUGCAGGUUCUCUAAAUUUAGUUUAGAGAAAAACAUCAGAAUCAGAGUUAAAAAUUAAUACAUAAGAUUCCAACAAAAAAGCUUAGUGAUUAAGCAAGAUUGAUAUGAUUGAAUUUUGAUAUGAAAUAUAUACUAUUCAGUUUUCUAUUAAUAGCUAUAAAGUUGCCAAAGCUUAUAGUUUAUGGAACCACAAGGAACUAGGUAUUAUGAAUAUUACAAAAUUACAAAUAUGUUAUUAUAAUCUCAUCACUUUCUCAGUAAAAACUAUUUACAUACAUUAUGUACAUACCUACUUACUUGAAUUUUUGCAUUUUUCGUAACUAAAUAAUGGUAACAGUGUUAGCGCUUUGAACUUAGCUAGACAACAAAAUAAGUGUAAGAAUAGUUUAGAAUAUUAUUCUGUUAGGUACCUUAAAUCUCAUGACGUUUUCUCAUAUUGUAUAUUAUUAUAAUAGGAACUAGUAACUAGUUGAUGACUGUGACUUGAUAUGCAUUUAUUUAGGUUUUGAAAAAUCCUCUGAGAGCUUUUUAAUUUUCUGAGAUAAAAAGUAGCCUAUCUUAAUCUCCAGAUUUUUUAAAAAUAACUUUUUUUUUUUUUUUGAGGAACAUGGGUUUAAUAAAAUCUAUCAUACUCCUUCAUAGAUAAGCCCACUUCCAUCUUAGACUACAUCAUCACUUACCACCAGGUGAUAAACCACCACCAUUACCACCAGGGGAUAAGGUGAUAAAGGAGGUGAUCCAAGGGCUGACUUGUGUUUGAAUAAAAAAAAAUUGUAUUGUAUUUGAAUGAUAAAAAAGCUCACUUUCACAUUUAUAAUAUUAUUAGUUAUAAGACUGGUUUUACUGUGACGCUUACCGACCGCGCGGGUGGUAAGUGCGGUGGCCGAAUUGCCGUCAGCGCGGCCAUCCGCGCGACUAUGUGACGAUCCAAGAGACGCAAAGCUCGUGGCCCGCAACGCUUACCAACCGCGCUGGCGAAAGCGUCACUGUAAAACCACACUAAAUGCUAUUAGUAAAUAAUACUUAAUAUUACUUACCAUAAAAUGUAUUUUUUUAGUGUCAAAAAAUUCAGUAAGUAUGUACUUAAUAAUGCAAUACAAUUCCUUAUUCUAUUGGUAUAUAAUAUUUAUCAUAAUUCUAGCUUAAACUUCAUAAUUUAAAGAAGUUUAAUACUUCUACCAAGCUACAAAUACAGCUAUGAAUGAGUACAGAACCCUGCCUUAUGCAUUAUUUAUAUUAUUAUGAUCUGAUAUGCAAGUGAUCAGUUAUUUAAGAAUUUAUUUUGUUUACUUAGUUUUGAACAUUUAUCUCUUUUUCCUUAAAACACAAUCUCAUUGUAUCCUAACCACUGUGGGUAAUAUUGUGAAAAGUAGGUAAGUAAUAGGAUAAAAACCUAUAAAAUGUUCCAUUCACAACAUAAUAUGACCACAAACAGCGUAAGUAGUAACUUUAUCAUAGCACAAAAAACCAAUUUAAAAAAAAUUGUGAUUUUAAUUGUAACUAGUAUCUUUGAUUUUAAUUAAUUAUUAAAAACUAUUUAAAUGGUUCAAAUCCUAAAUAUCCCCACAAUUUAUAUGUUAUUACAUCUACCUAUCUUUAUAAGUAAGCACAAUUUUUUUAUCUGCUCAGAAUAUUUUAAUAUACUACUUAAAUAUAAUAAAAAUUCUAGAAAGAAAUAAAUUUAGAUAUUAAUAUUAAAGUUUAAUUUGAAGUAGGAAACAUUUUACUACAUUGUAAUAUUUUUAUUAAGUGACUUUAUUGUGCUUUUGCAAUGUAAACACAUAAUAACUCCAAUAUCUAUAAUAUCUAUAUAAUAUUAUAUAGGUACUUGAAUUGUUAUUUGCAUAUUGUCUUGACUUUAUUAUAUUUAUUACUUGACAAUCAACCUUGCACGGAAAGUACUUUGAAUGACAUUGAACUGUAUAUCUAGAGACUAGACCUUAUUGUGCUAGAUGAAAGUCUACACUCAUUGUUAUGUGAUAACAAUAAUAUGCUAUAUUGCUACGAUUUAUUUUAGUUUAUUGAUGUACAUUUGAUACUAUUGUAUCUCAGAUUUAUGUCGAGGACAGAUCUAAGGAGAUCGCCUACCGCGACUUUUUGCAGGAAUACAGCCGCAAAAAGGUCGCGAUACAGUGAAAGCGAUGCGUCGCCGGCCCAUUUAACUUUGCCAACGAGUCUAUACCAGGUGCAGAUCCAGCCCUCAAAAAAGGUUGUAGGCACACUGUACAGCCGCCCGAAAAUCGGCCAAGUGCGAGUCGAAGCAUGAACUCGCUCAUGAUUCAUGAAUCAUGAUCGAUAAAGUGUUUCUACAAAGGAGAUAUGUAUUUACAAAAUUUUGACCCUGACCAAGAUUUUGUAGAGUAGGUACUCGUACCUCUAGUACCACGAGGGCAAAGCCGAACACUACUACACAUUUUUUUACAAUUUUAAAUGAUAUCAAAUUAAAUAAAUGCCGACCGCGUGAAAGUGUUACGUCACAAGUGUAUAGGGGUGUGGGCACGAUUUCCCAUAACAUUGAUCGUUAAUCAUAAAUUUUAUUAGACCAUAUGAAUUAUUAGGUACAUUGUUUAUUAACCAUAUCAUGGUAUGACUUGACCCAAUGGAUGAAGGAAUGGAGAUAGUCUGACGAUAUGGCCACUAAACGCACGGCAAUUUCAUGAUAUGGCCAAGUAAACGCACAGCCAUUUGGUAUGGCCAAGCAUAACAUUAAAUAUAAUUUGCGAUAUACUUACGUAAGUAUAUCGCAAAAAGUUACAAUUACCUCGCACUAGAGCGGAAAACGUCUUGUUUACGCGGCGACUGUUCAAAAAAAUUUGUCAUUUUACACGCAACACAAAUGAAUAAUGAUUCCGCUAACUCAGUGUGUAACACUCAAUAAUAGCCACUAUCAUUUGACAUUUAUUUUUAAUUUAUAAAAGAAUAUUAGCCAUUUUUAUCAUGACUAAUUUUCCCCUUUCCCCUCCAACUAAUCGUAAAGCUUGUACUAAGAGUAGUAACGACAAUAGGGCAAAAGGUGGGGUUUGAACCGCCUAUACGUUGCUGAUUAGAUAGAUACUCAGUCUGAGAAUCUGGGUUUAAAACUAUAAUUGUAUGUCCGUAAUUAAUAUGUAAGUAGGUAGGUAUUUACCAAAUUACCUACCUAAAACCUAUGUUGGCCUUAAACUUGUUACAACUUACAAUCCAGUUAAAAACAAUUGAAUGUCACUUUGAUAGUGAAAGAUUUUAUGCGUGGGUUUUUAGGUAUCAAUGUUGGAUGAUGGAUCCGUAUUUUUUCAGGCUAUGCUCGAUGUUUCUUGUAUUAUAAUGCUAAUUGUAUUUAUUAAAAUUUUUACGAUGAAUA